CCCCCCCUCCUCGUCCGCCCGCCCGCCAUGGCCGCCCGCGGAGCCGAGCGGCGCGGCGCGGAGCGGCGGGGCAGUGCUGGGGGCUCUCCGCCGCCCGUCCGCGCCCUGUGAGGGGACAGCGCGUCCCCGCGCUCCGUCCUGCCCCCCCCUCCUCCCCCUCUCCCCGGAGCGGAGAUGCGCGAGGCCGGCGCGAAGGGAUUCGCCUCGUAGACGGCAGCCAGCAUGGUGCACCUGCAGCCGCUGCCGCUCGUCUUGCUCCAGGGCGUCCUCCGGAUCGUAUUUUGUGAUGGUAAUCAAGUUGUACAAGCUACAGAUGUGCUGGACUGGGAAGACAAGGAUGCUGCAGAGACAUUAGUGGACAACGUGGUCCACUCCAGGAUCAUCAACCCGCUACGUCUGUUUGUUAAGCCAUCCCCAGUACUGAAACAUGGCCAGGUGUCCUACUCAGACAGCAUAGAAAACUUUUGGGAUUGGUUGUCCAACAUCACGGAGGUUCAGGAAUCUCUCACACGAACUAAACGCAGACCUAUAGUAAAAACGGGGAAAUUCAAGAAGAUGUUUGGAUGGGGCGACUUCCACUCUAACAUCAAAACUGUUAAACUGAAUCUCCUGAUCACAGGGAAAAUCGUCGAUCACGGCAACGGCACCUUCAGUGUUUAUUUCCGACAUAACUCCACAGGUCUGGGAAACGUUUCUGUGAGCCUGGUGCCACCUUCCAAGGUGGUCGAAUUCGAGUCGUCUCCACAGUCAACUUUGGAGACCAAGGAAUCCAAGUCCUUCAAUUGCCGCAUCGAGUACGAAAAAACAGAUCGCGCUAAAAAAACUGCCUUGUGCAACUUCGACCCCUCAAAGAUCUGCUAUCAAGAGCAGACCCAAAGCCAUGUCUCCUGGUUGUGUUCUAAACCAUUCAAAGUUAUCUGCAUUUAUAUCGCCUUUUACAGCGUAGAUUACAAACUGGUGCAAAAAGUCUGUCCCGAUUAUAAUUACCAUAGCGAGACUCCGUACUUGUCCUCUGGCUGACACAGCCUUGACAAACUGUACAGAUCCAGCACCAGUCAUAAAAGUAAGCGUCUCCAUUAACCUUCUGGAGAGGAAUAUGUUUUUCCUAUCAGGUUCAAAAGUCUUUAAGAACCGUAGCUGUGUUUGUGCUGUAUCGUAACUAAUCAAACUGUUUACGUAACGAUCAUUUUCAUUUGAGACCAUUGCAUUUUAGUAUUCUCACUGUUCAUAAGGGAGCUACUAGGCAGACAUGAUUAAAAAAAAAAAAUCAAAGCAAAUUAUGUCCGUAAUGAGCAUCGAUCUUGAAAAUCAGUUUUUUAAAGUACACUCCAAGGCAGAGAGGUUAUCUUUCACUUGAAUUCGACAACACUUAGCAGGAAAUGAUUCUCUUUCUCACUGGGAACCUUAGGAGAUGACAAUAUAAAAAGCAAGUUAUAAAGAUGACUCUCAGCUGCUUCCAUAGAAAAUCCAAAUGAACAGCUCUCCCACUAAUUUCAUAAAGUAUCGAGUCCAAAUAUGAAAAGAAAGCAUUAUUUCUAAGGGAGAGGAGAAAGGAAGGAAAGGAUUUCUAUGAGCUGUGGUAGUUGUAUGUAUUCAUCAAAGUGAAGAGUGAGUAGUACUUCCUUCAGACUUCUUGUCCAUGAAUAUGCAAUGAUGUAAUUAGAUAUUGAUGAGCUUUAGUUUAUUAGACCCACCAGGUGUGCAGGUUUGGUGUACAUUUCCUCCUAUUGUCACCAGUGGUUCUGACCAUCCCCAAGCAUUAACACAUGCACCAGUACUCGUUUCACAGUGACUGAGCAUAUGUACCCUGGAAAAAGAUAAUCUCUGUUUAGGUCUGCAAACGGUGCCAGCUUCCAUGGGAGGGAAGUGACUGUCUUGCUUCUUAGGCCUCAGCACCAUGUUGUGGCAAGGAGAAUCCAUCAGCAGGGGGAGGAAAUUUUCUGCUUAAUGGCACCCGGUUGUCUUUCUUAGUACUCCAUAUUUAAGAUCAAUAUAUUAAGCAAUGAAAAAUAAAGAGGACAACACAGAUCUAUGCACCUUCACCUCAUAGAGCAGAUUCCAAACAAUUGCUGUUGGUGUAAAGUACUCACCUGGACAACACACCCACAUGGAACCAUGUUGCUCUGUCACGGUUGAGUGUGACAGCCCAGGGUCUGGCUGUGGUUUGGUUCUGCAGGACAGUUAGCUCCAGCAGUGCAGCUUCAAGCACAAAUUCCUUGCCAUUUCUUUGGGUGUUGAUUUACCACUGCUGUCAGUCUGCUGUCACAGCCCCAUAUCACAGGUCCUGUGGAAAAAGCUAGCUGAGGGAGUGCUUCUAUUGCCUGUAGUCAAACUAACAUGCAGGGAGCAAGAAGUCGAACGUGGCUUAAAUGAGGUACUGCUAAAAUAAUCAGUUCGAGUGCCCUGUACACCCCAACAGCCCAGAAGGACUCACUCAUGAGAUCAAUUCCCAUUUCAUUGAUAAAAUCUCAUAGAAAAAAUUACUGUUAAAAUAUGAAAGUAACGAUUAAUUUGUUUCUUCUUCAUGUGACCAAACUAAACGUGUGGUUUUGUUUUGCCAAGAACCUAACUGCUUUGCUUUCCUUCUUCUCAUACAGAGUCCCUCCUGUUCUAAAUAAUGUUUUUCAGUUUGUCUCUUACUGUCGAUUCCUACAAGGUGUUCUACUUUGUAUUCUGUAUAGCGUGUCCUUGUUCCAGCUGUAUAUAAGCUCGGAUUUAUUGCUAUGAGUUCAGUGUCUGGUGCUUUUGUAACUUAGCUGUAAGCCAUGAUUUUAUUGCCAUGUAUUUUUACUCAGCACUGUAGGCAAUUGAAAGAAAACCCUACAUGCUAUUUAUUGUAGAGUAUGUGGAAACCAUGUAUGUAUAUACACUUGAAUAUGUGUACAUAUACAGAAUAUAUGUGUACAUGUAUUUGUAUGUAAAUAAAGAGAGUUUGCUAAAUCUGUCACUCA